GUGAUGAAAAAAUAUCGAGCAAAAAUUAUUAACAAUACUUUUGGCGUUGAUAGAUGCAGUGUGAAUUUUAUGUUCAUUGAACUAAUUACAGCUUGUUUUAGACUUUCAUCCACGCUCACAUUAUCCAUUACUUGAAAUGUUAUCAAAGUAUUUAAAUCAAACUAUUUUUUUUGUUGUGUUAACUUUUUCAAUGGAAAUUAGUUGUGACUUACUCAUUAGACCAAUUAGACAUGUUAAAAAACAAGCCUCAGAAGCACUUGACUCGGUUUACCAAGACGAUCUUUGUCCACGAAGCCGAGAGGAAGCAGUUGCUCGUGGUCGAAGUUGUUUGAAGAAGUGUGUUUCAGAUGCUGAUUGUAUAAGCUCUCGAAAGCGCUGUCUUUGUGAUGGACUUUGUGGUUGGAGUUGUGUUCGUCCUGACCUUAACUGUGAUGAAAUGACAACCGUUAAGAAUGGAGAGUUCAAAGUAUCUGGGAAUCACUUCGGAGCUCGUGUUUCAUAUACAUGUUUAGAUGGCUUCUACAUGUCAGGUCCAAGAGAGCGAGUUUGUCAAGGUGACGGAUCAUGGAGUGAUCAACCGCCAGUUUGUCGCAAAGAAGCAAUGUGCCGAUCACCACUGGCUGUCCCUCACGCUCGUCAUAACGCCCCUUUAGAUCAAACCGAAUUCCCUAUAGAUGAUAUGGUCCAAUAUUCGUGUUUCCCUGGCUAUGAAUCGAAAGGUUUUGCCAAAGCUAAAUGUCUUUUUUACAAUGGGACUGCACAAUGGUUUGGACCUGAUCUUAAAUGCAUACCCAAAAGCUGUGGUAAUCCUGGCGAUAUUGAGAAUGGACAAAGAGAGGGAAACAUUAAUUCGUUUACCAGUAAGGUUACCUAUUCUUGUAAUGAAGGUUAUCUCAUUAAGGGUCGACCUAAUCGUUAUUGUCAGUCUAAUGGUCAAUGGAGUGGAGUUUUGCCCACUUGUAUACCUGUUCGAUGUGAUAAACCUGUUGAUCCUGAAAACGGUAAAGCACUUUAUUCAUCAACAAACUAUAAAUCUGUGGUUAAAUAUGAAUGUCGAUUUGGUUAUUCGUUGGUUGGUUCGACUUCUCGAACCUGUGGUCCUGAUAAACAAUGGGAAGGUGAAACACCCAAAUGUGUUGAGAUUGACUGUGUUUUACCUCUUUACUUGGCCAAUGGUUACAUUGAAGGUCGACGGACAAGUGUCGGUUCAGUCAUUUGGUUCAAAUGUUAUGAUGAAAUGGUUUUCAUGGGUCCAUCAGCCUCAGCCACUUGCCUUGAAAACGGAACUUGGUCUCACCCUUUACCCGAUUGUUUAUCUCCUUGUAUUGUUCCUGACAUUAUAAAUGGUCGGAUAAACAAUGUUGCUCCAGGGUCUAGAGUGGCUCAUGGGACAGCAAUCAAUGCAACUUGCAAACCUCAAUAUGAAUUAUCGUCCAGUUCAUCACCAUUCCUGUGCAACAAUGAUACAUGGACUCACAUACCCAAGUGUAUUCCAGCUCGAUGCAAAAAGUUGCCUGAAAAACCCAAACACGGAAUUGUGAUAGCAUCCAAGACUGACCAUGGGUCCAGAGCACUUUAUAAAUGCUUGGAUGGUUACAAUUUAAUAGGAUCCAACACAACUCAAUGUUAUUAUGGGAAAUGGACUAAAGCUACUCCAGUGUGUAAUGAAGCUGACUGUAAAUCAAUUGAAAGUAAACCUUGGAUGGACAUUACUAUUGUUCGUGUUGGUCAAGGAAACGAAACUUAUCCUCACGGAACAUUGAUUCAAGUUUCAUGCAGCAAUGGCUAUUCAUUAAAUAUUGGUAAAAAUCGAACUGCAAAGUGUCUUAAAGGUCAUUGGAAACCUCGUUUACCUUCAUGUUUAUUAUCACCUUGUUCCCUUCCCCAUUUGGAUAACGGACAAUACUUUAUAAAUUCAAGUUCGUCUUUGCCUUCAGGUUCACGAAUAUCAUCAAAUGAAACAGUUUCUAUUGCUUGUGAUCCAGGUUAUCAAAUAGUUUCUUCAUCAUCAUUAUCGACUUCAUACAACAUUACAUGUUCAUCAGGUCACUGGUCUUUAGCAAACAGAGCUUGGCCUGAAUGUGUUCCAUCUUCAUGUUCACUUCCUCAAAUAUUCAAUGGUUACUAUUUAUCUGGUUAUCGAGCAGGCCUGACCAUCUCUCAUGACUCAUCUGUCGAGUAUCAAUGUCUAUCUCCAUAUCAUCGACUCAAUGAUGGACUGAUCAAGUGUUUUAAAGGUUCUCUUAGUCCAGAAGUUCCACUUUGUGUUGAUCAUCCAAUGACAUCACCAACAUCAUUUAUCAACGAAAAGAAUGUUUUCCACAAAAAUGAAAGUGAAUCGAGUAAAAGAAAUAAGAACGAAAACAGUGAAGAAGAAGAAGAGAAAAUUGAAUCAAUUAUCGAAGAAGAUGCGAGAGAAGAAGCUUAUCUGAAUGGCUUGAAUGAAGCUUUAGCUGCUUACAAAUGGUGUCCACCUCCACUAAAGAUUGACCAACAGCUAAAGUAUCACCACGAUCAACUGUUGACCACUUUAACAUCAACAUCAACAACAACAAGCACCACAACUACAACCAUUGCACCCUCAUUAUCCUCAUCAUUACCUUUAAUGAAUGAACAGUUGAAUAGCACUUGGUCUUUACCAUUUAGUCCAGCUGAAAGUGCGACUGAAUUCAUGAUUGGCAACAUCUCAAUGAAUGAAACUAAUGAUAAAAUAGUUUUGAGUGAAUCUGAUGUUUAUAAAAGAGGCUAUUUGCCUCCUGGUUCACAACUAGUCUACAAGUGUGUUCCUCUUGCCGGUCCUGGAGUCAAUAGAAUGCGCAAUUUUCGUAAAACAACUUGGAAGAUCAUCUGUGACUCUUCUGGUUCUUGGUCAGCAUCAGGAGUACCAUGCGAAGAAGAGGAAGAUGUUAAUUUGGACUAUUUAGCAAAUAAAAGUUGUACCUUUGAAUCUGGUAUAACAAUCGGUGAAAAUGUAUUGGCUUUCAUUGAAGAUUCUCAGACAGUCCACGAUACUGAUUAUCCUCCAGGAACUACAAUACAUGUGCGGUGUGUUGAUAUCGGUAAAUACAGUCUACAUGGCAGUGCUCAACGAAAAUGCGUUUAUGGUGAUUGGGAUGGCAUUAAGCCCACUUGUUAUGGACUGUCUCAGCAACACGAUUAUGCAUUAGAAAAGCCUCCGACUAUAUUGUUUCGGCAUCUAGUUGGACCCAUCGCUCAAAGCAAUGACGGUAAACUAAUUGUUUAUCCUGGAACCAUUUUGCACCUUGAAUGUCUCUGGAUACGCAAAUUUGGUACUCCUACUUGGGAAGUUAAUCAUGCUCAUCGAGCUUAUCCUCAAGGCUGGACAACUGAUCCUGCUCGUGAUUCAUCGCUUGAAUAUCGCCUGUCCAUUUAUCAUGCCGAUGAAACAGACUCAGGGGAAUAUACGUGCGUAACUCCAGUUAAACACCGACAUUCUGUUAAGAUUGAAGUAAAAGCAAUUUACUGCCCAGAAUUGAGUUUACCUGAUGGAGUUCAAGUUAAUAACAAUGGAUUCCGAAUGAAUACUAAAGUGACAUUCAGCUGCAUUCCAGGAAUGGUCUUGCAAGGAAGUGAUUCUACAACGUGUUUACCUUCUGGUCGCUGGUCGAAUCCGGUACCUAAAUGUUUAUCACAAUCAUAAUUAUACUAAUCGUUUCCGUCUCGAAUCUCCUUCAAUUUGGUGCUGAAAGUUGUACAAGUUGUAUAUUUAUAAUUUGCUAACACCUGCAAUCAAA